AUGCCUGACAGCGCAGAUCGUGAACAGAAGCCGAAGCCCAGCAGUCUGCGAUCAAUAAUUGCUGGAUCCACGGCGGGAGCUGUUGAAAUCUCAAUCACAUAUCCUGCGGAAUUCGCAAAAACAAGAACCCAAUUAAACCGCCGAUUACCGGAUGGAAAAAAGCUACCUUGGCCGCCUUUUGGCAAGGCAUGGUAUGCAGGAUGUACGACACUAAUUGUGGGAAAUUCAUUGAAGGCGGGAAUCCGUUUCGUGGCAUUUGACACAUUUAAAUCUUUGCUUCAAGAUAGAGAUGGCAAGAUAUCAGGUCCUCGAACGGUUCUUGCCGGCUUUGGUGCCGGCUUCACCGAGUCCCUCUUGGCAGUUACCCCCUUUGAGAGUAUUAAGACACAAUUAAUAGAUGACAGGAAAGCCUCUAAGCCCCGAAUGCGGGGAUUUCUUCAUGGAACGACAGUGAUCUUCCGUGAGCGAGGCAUUCGCGGGUUUUUCCAAGGAUUUGUUCCCACAACAGCGCGACAAGCCGCAAAUUCGGCCACCAGGUUUGGAAGUUAUACGACUCUUCGCCAAUUUGCUCAGGGAUACGUUGCACCGGGGGAGAAACUUGGCACCCUAAGUACCUUUUUCAUUGGAGGCAUGGCCGGGCUGAUAACGGUUCUUGUAUGCGCCGCGAAGAUCUUCAAAGAUGAAGGCAUCUUCACUUUCUGGUCUGGCGCUGUACCGCGACUUGCGAGACUGAUUUUAAGUGGCGGAAUCGUGUUCACCAUGUACGAGAAAACAAUGGAAAGUUUGGACGCGCUUGAUCCAGAGAGAAAGUAUAUCUAA